UCACAGCUUCUAAAAGUAUGGGUCCAUUGUAAUACUGGCCCUGAUAAUAGCAGACUGCAUAAAAGAGCUGACGUUCUAGCCACACUACAAGAAGUGUUGUCCACAUUCAUCAAAUUGAACUUUUAAUAUAUUACCAGUGAAGUACUGAGUUACAAUUUAAAGCGGCGUCCGGUCGCGGAAUCAUUGCGCUAGGAAAAGAUAAGAUAAGAGCAGAUAAGACACGAUAAGCCGAGGGGCAGCUAAUUUUUUGGAGGGGUUGCGAGUCACGCCGAAUUAAUGUUCGUAACGUCUUGGGAGCCACGACACUCAUUCAUAUCUUUUUCCUGCGCAAGAGUCCUGCGACUUGCGACUUGCGACAUUUGACAACGCUGAAUACUGCCCGACCGCCGUCGAAACCACGAUCACAAUGGCCCCUAACACCGAGGGCGAAGCGCCCCACAACAACUUCGACACUAUACUCGUUCUCGAUUUUGGCUCUCAAACAAGCCAUCUGAUCCUGCGUCGGCUGCGCUCUCUUGGCGUUUUCGCUGAGCUGCUUCCAUGCACCACCAAGAUCGCCGAACUCACAUGGAAGCCCAAGGGCAUUGUGUUUUCCGGAGGUCCCGCCUCUGUCUAUGACGAAGGCUCGCCCCAUGUCGACCCUGCCGUCUUUGAUUUGAAUGUGCCCAUCCUGGGCAUCUGCUAUGGUUGCCAAGAGAUUGCAUGGCGAAUCGACUCUAAGAAUGUUGCGCGCGGAGAGGCACGAGAGUAUGGCCACGCCGACGUCAACGUCACCAAGGUGAACAGCCACGUCGACCGUCUGUUCGCUGGGCUGGGUGAUAGCGUCGCUGCUUUCAUGUCCCACUUCGACAAGCUGAUUAGCCUACCCAAGGGCUUUGUGGUGAUCGCUGCUACCAAGAACUCCGAGUUCGCCGGUAUCGCACACGAGGAGAAGCCCAUCUUCGGCGUCCAAUUCCACCCCGAGCUUGAGCACACCCCCUGUGGAACCGAUUUGCUCCGAAACUUCAGCGUCGAUAUCUGCGGAGCGAAACCAAACUGGAAAAUGGGCGACUUUGUCCAGCUCGAAAUUGCUCGCAUCCGGGAACUCGUCGGCGACCGGGCACUCGUUCUAGGCGCUUGCAGCGGCGGCGUAGACAGCACAGUAGGAGCGGCGUUAAUGCGCGAGGCUAUCGGCGACCGCUUUAAGGCUAUCCUUAUCGACAAUGGAUGCAUGCGCCUGAACGAGUGCGACGAGGUCAAGGAGACCCUUGGAAAACAUCUUGGCAUUAACCUCACAGUAGUCGAUGCUGAGGACCUCUUCCUGAGCCGUCUUGAGGGUGUCUCUGACCCCGAGAAGAAGCGCAAGAUUAUCGGCUCGACUUUCAUCGAUCUUUUCGAGAAAGAGGCCAUCAGGAUCGAGAAGGAAGCAGAGAACACCCCCAACAGCGGCAAAGUGGAAUGGUUCUUGCAGGGGACACUGUACCCUGACGUGAUCGAGUCUUUGAGCUUUAGGGGCCCUUCCGCCACUAUCAAGACACACCACAACGUAGGCGGUCUGCCUGAGAGGAUGAUGAACGGCCAAGGACUACGUCUUAUCGAGCCGCUCAGGCUCCUGUUCAAAGAUGAAGUGAGGGCCAUCGGUCGUCAGCUCGGCAUCCACGAGUCCCUGGUCAACCGUCACCCCUUCCCCGGCCCUGGUAUCGCUAUCCGCAUCCUCGGUGACGUUACCAAGGAGCGAGUGGAUAUCGCCCGCAAGGCCGACCACAUCUUUAUCAGUAUGAUCAAGGAAGCCGGACUCUACGACGAGAUUUCUCAAGCCUUUGCUGGUCUCGACACGAGCCGCAGUGUUGGUGUUUUCGGCGACCAGCGGGUCUGGGGCUACAUCAUUAUUCUCCGCGCCGUCCGUACCAAGGACUUCAUGAGCGCGGAGGUUUUCAACUUCGACAACGCCUUCCUCCAGGAAAUUUCACGCAAGAUCUGCAACGAAGUUGACGGUGUCUCUCGUGUAGUCUAUGACCUGACCUCAAAGCCCCCUGGCACUAUUGAGCUGGAAUAAACGACGAUCCGAGGGGUUGCGUGGCAGGUGAUAGAGUAGUUGCCGGCGUAAGCUAGUAAGCCAUGAAAAGGAAUUUGACUUUUGGCGUUUGAAGGGUUGUCAAGAAAGGUAUAUAGAUUAGGUAGCGCAUGAGAGGCUUAGGGGAAUGCACCACGGGCUGCUGUCACAUCAACAUCCCAUCAGACGCCCUAUGAACCAAUCGCUAAAGCAGCUGCCUUUUGGU